CUUCAUCGAAUAUGCUUAAAGAACAAAAUGGCGGCUUUGGCAAAGUUUUCGCCGCCCGUAUGAGAAAUUCGCAUUCAUCAAGAUUGAAUAGUUCACGGUAAACGUUAAUCGUCUAGCAACCCUGUCUGGGUUAUGUAGCUAAGACCGCGAGUGAAAAUUCGUUGGUGUCGUAGUACGUCGAGACAGCCCGAUGCAGGUCGCGCGCAAUUCUCGUAACUCAAAUCAUGACUUCGAUGCUAUCCAGCUUUAACCCGCCUAUCGUUAAACGAUUGUUGGGUUGGAAAAAAGCAGAAGGAGAAGACAAAUGGAGUGAAAAAGCUGUUAAAAGUCUGGUUAAAAAGUUAAAAAAAUCCACCGGCCUCGACGAACUCGAGAAGGCCAUUACUACGCAAAGUUGCAACACUAAGUGCAUUACUAUACCGAGGCCUAGCCCAGGCGGUGUCGGUGACAACGGUGUCCAAGGAGUACGCGGCAAAGGUUUGCCGCACGUGAUCUACUGCCGACUUUGGCGCUGGCCAGAUUUGCAGUCGCACCACGAACUAAGGGCAAUCGAGCAUUGCGAGUACGCGUUCACGCAAAAACGGGACGAAGUCUGCAUCAACCCGUAUCACUAUCAACGAAUACAAACACCAGUUUUGCCAGCCAUUCUCGUACCACGGCAUACCUUGGCCGGGGACGAGUCCGUCCUAUACAAUACUUCCAUCGAGGAGCUCAGUGUCAGCGUGCCAGAAAACACGAGCUUCCACGCGACGUUAAAUCAUCAGCAUCAUAAUCAACAAAGCAUACCGCAGUCACCGCAACAACAGCAGCAACAACAACAGCAACAACCACCGAACAAUCCGUAUCAAGGAAUGCAGAGUAUGCAGGCGACAAGUCCGGCUAGCGUUGGGAGCCUAGGAAGUGUUCAGGGUUCACCGCAUCCAGCGCCUGGGUCCAUGGAUCCUCCUGCCGAUACUCCACCUCCGGGAUAUAUAAGCGAAGAUGGUGAUAACAUGGAUCACAACGACAACAUGUCCUUAUCGCGUUUGUCUCCCAGUCCUGUCGACGCACAACCAGUUAUGUAUUGCGAACCAGCAUUUUGGUGUUCGAUAAGUUACUACGAGCUGAAUACGAGAGUAGGCGAGACCUUUCAUGCGUCGCAACCGAGCAUAACGGUGGAUGGAUUCACCGAUCCCAGUAACUCGGAACGUUUCUGUUUGGGUUUACUGUCGAACGUUAAUCGUAACACCGUGGUUGAACAGACGAGACGACAUAUCGGGAAAGGAGCUAGAUUAUACUACAUUGGUGGUGAGGUGUUUGCCGAAUGUUUAUCGGAUUCGAGCAUUUUUGUUCAGAGUCCUAAUUGUAAUCAACGUUAUGGUUGGCAUCCUGCCACUGUUUGUAAAAUACCACCCGGUUGCAAUUUGAAGAUCUUCAAUAACCAAGAAUUUGCCGCAUUGUUAUCGCAAUCAGUUUCCCAAGGAUUCGAAGCAGUGUACCAGUUGACUCGUAUGUGCACGAUCAGAAUGAGUUUUGUAAAGGGUUGGGGAGCAGCGUAUCGUCGGCAAACCGUGACGUCGACUCCUUGUUGGAUAGAGUUGCAUUUAAACGGUCCAUUACAGUGGCUCGAUAGGGUACUCACACAGAUGGGAUCGCCGCGUUUACCCUGUUCCUCAAUGUCAUAAGACCUGCCUUUUGUACGUCGUUAGAUCAAGAAAUACGGCAGUGACGAAGACGAUUCGUGAACUUACUGAUUACAAAUUUUUAUCGAAUCGAUACCAUGUUCCAAUGAUUGUGUUACAUUAUCAAUUCUAGAAGAAUAUCGAAGGGAGGACGAGCUUGGGCAGUAGCUAUGGAAAAGAUAGUCAAAAAAACGUGAUUUUAAGCGAUAUAAUUUUAUUGAUUCUUAGGUAGUAUUAUUAAUUGCACAACGUAAUAACACGAAUACGUUGAUCUUUUACAAGGAUAUUUCCUACUUCUAAUCAACAUGCAUAUCUGAUGUUUCAUUCACGAGGAAAAUUUAAUGUCGUCGUACGUUCUUCGAAAUCAUAAAAAAAAAAAAAAAAACGUAUACAGACCUCGUGAAAGUCAAACACGACAUCGUCGGGCAGCUCGAAUAAUCGAAUAGUAAUACAAACGAGAAAGAAAAUAACUAUAUAUUAGUAAUAUAUGAUGCACACCUACUUGGACUCGUGUUAAUUGAUAUUGUCUCGCGUAAGGAAAAAUUAAAAUCGUUUGAUCGUCGAAUACUUAACAACCACUUGCCUCUCUGUCAGACUGCCACUAGUAUAUUAAUUAAGGAAACAUGAACAGGGGAAUCGAAGAACCCGCCCUCGCCUUUCUUCGUCGUCCUGGAAAUCCUACUCGUUCGUUUUACGUUAGCAUAAGAUCAAAAUAAAUACAUCUAUGACGUGAAGAAAGAGACAGACCACGAAAAAACGCGUUUAAUUCGCCAAAGUAUAUUAAGUGUAGCAAUUGCCAAAGUUUUCCUUUUCUUUUUGUAAGUACAAGAACGUCGAGCCGACCGCGACUGUAGUAGUCGCGAUUCAGAUGCGCACGAAUUGUUAAAUUGUGACGUUCUCGUUUUUCUUUUUCCCUUACAAAUUCGUAAUUGUUACCAUUGUUACCAUUGUGUUUCUUUACUUUUAUUCUAGAUAUGUUUAGUGUCUUGACCUGCCGAACAAUCGAGCGGUCCGACGAUUUUAUAAAUUUUUAAUUCUAUAGCUACUUAUAUAUUUUGUGUGCUAAUAGACGCAUGCACACAAAGGGAAGCAUCGACUAACGUAUAACUUCUACAAAUCAGAUAUUUUUUUACAUAUUAAAAAGACGUGAAAUUUUUUUGCGUGCGAUACAUUUGAUGACGGUUGUUAUCGUCGAUGUUCCCCUGGUGUGGAUGAGAUGUUUUACGAGAAUACGAGAUAAAAUCGCGAGCUUGAAAGAACGAGUGCGAGAGUAUAUAGGUGAGAGACGUCGAGUCGAUAAAUAUCGAGUGUGAGAUUGUAUGAUAAUUAUAAAUAAAUGUACACAUUAAGUCUAAUAAACAUGAUUCUGUCGCUUUUUAUUAA